UGGUCCUGUAUGUAGCAACACAAAAUAAUCAAAUCAAUUUUGAAUUACAUUUUCAUAUCUCUGACCAAUUUGUAUAAUCAGAAACAAAUAGUGGCCAGAGGGCAUAGGAAGCUUCUUUCCCCACUGUCCACCCACACUUGGACCUCACAGAUGGGAGCUGUCCUCCAGAAUGUUCCUUCUUUUCACUGGAUGCUGUCUCUCCCUGCAAAGUGCAUGCAAUAGAAUUCAUGCAAAUCUGCUGAUAUCCUCCUCUUUUCCUGCUGGCCCUCCACAUCAACCCUCUUCUCACCCUUAAGUCCCAUUAAUUAAUUAAUUUAGAUCAACAUUGGUAAGUUCCAGGCAAGAAAUGUUUUUUUUCCUCUCUCUCUCUCUCUGUCUCUACUCUUUACUCUUGAUCAUCAUUGUUUGGGAGCUUGGGUCUCUUCCUCACAAACAAUCCAUUGACCCCGUGUGAGAUGUUGAAGGGUGCGAUGACAAGCUGGAGUUGUGCAACAUCCACCCACAACAGCCAUCCUAGUGGGGGUGGUGCAUAGCACGAGCUAUAAGUGUGGCCAAACAGGACAGUUCAACAUUAGACAAGCACCUGCAGCUGAGUGAGAUCCAUUGGGAUUGUUUAGGUGAACAUCUGCACUUCUUUCUAUUGAAACACAUGCAACAUGGAAUCAAGAACUACUCUGAUCUUCAUUUUCACUUUGUGCACAACUCUUCUUGAAGGCUGGGGGUUGCCUCUAGUGCCCCAGACUGACCCGAGUGACCCGUCUGCAACCCAUAGGGUCAGGAGCAAACGCUGCUCCUGCAACAACCAGCUGGAUUCGGAAUGCCACUAUUUCUGCCAUCUGGACAUCAUCUGGGUGAACACGCCAAGUAAGACUGUGGUCUAUGGAUUGGGCAGUCCGUUGACUCGCCGGCGCAGGUCUACAGGCCGCUGCUUCUGUGCCAGUCCUGCAGAUAAGACAUGCAAUGCAUUCUGUCACUACAGCUCUGAAAAUCCUGCCAUCAUGUUGGUUCACACAUCUGAACCUGUGCCUGAAAAACAGGAACAACCCAAAUCAGAUCAACUGACUGUCCUAAGUAACUCCAAAAAUGCCAGUCCAGGAGUUUUGGUUUUAGAGAAGUCUUCUUCCUUUGGAGCUCGGUCAGACGUCAUAACCUUCCUCAGGAACCUGGUUAGGGCUAGAGCCAGAGCCAUGGGAAAGGUCAGUAAGCCUGGCUACAGAUGAAGUCCUUACCUAGAGGAGAGAUUGGAGUGCGAGCACUUGAACAAAAAACGACCCUUGUGAAGCCAGGGGCAGUAGAACAUGCAUACGCUGCCAUCUGGAAGCAGUGUUCCUCAAGGACAGACCUGUUGAAACAGAGCCUUUGUCACAUGUUUAAAACAGAAUUGGAGAGAUGAAGGCCUGUGAAAGGUUAAGGAAAUAUUUGUGAGUUGAAGGCAAGUCAGACCUGUCCACUGGGACAGCACAAAAAGAGGGUUAAGUGUUAGCAACUGUCCUGUAGUGCAAACGGGACGUCAGCUAAGUGGCUAUGAGCUACCUGACAGGAUCAUAGCUAGUCAAAAAACACCAAGUUUGAAUGGUUAGAGAUAAAAGAGACCGGUAAAGUGCUAAUGAAAGUUGAUUGGAAAAGCGCAGAUAGUUAGAAACUGCAUACUUCUACAAUUUACUGGCAUUAUUGGAGCUGUUUUAACAAAACAGAAAAAGUGAAACAAAGACUAAUUUAAAAAAGACUAAUUAUGUUUUAGAAGAGACAAAAUAUGACUUAUAUUUGAGUAGUUAAUUAUUUACAAACAAUGUUCCAAACUGAGUGUCAUGCCAAAAAGGUUUGCAUCUUGGACUGCAGCAAUUGGAGCACGAAACUGCAACAAUAUGGAUUCCUUGUAACCUAAAUGCUCUCAAAGUUGGCAUAAUAAUAGGAUGUUUCUAAAAAUAUAGCAUAAGGUUGACCAAUUUGUAUGGACCGUGUCAUUGUUUUUAAUAUCAAUUCAGCUUUAUCUAGCAUUAUAUGUAUUCAUAAGUGAUGCAGACAGUUGUGUUAUUGCAAUCUGUUGUUAUGACCUUAUGAUGGACAAUAGAUUUAAUCUUGCCAAUAAAAAAAGCUGAAGUACUUUCCAAUUUAUUGAAUAGCACUGGAACAUUUUAGAGCACUAACAGUGUAGAGCACGCAAUAAGUAUGUUACUUUAUGAUUAUAGGCUGCUGCACUAUUAUAUAUCAGCAAUAUGGUUUCACAACAAAGUUUCAUAUCAUUAUGAUGAAGUUGAUGUCUUCCAUAAAUGUAUUUAUUUUCACAUACUCUGAAUAUGUUAUAUGAAAUCUAUUAGAUUUGUUAUUAAGCUGAAUCCUA